CAGAAGGAAAAAGCACCGAAGCUGCCUCGAAUAAAAUAAAGUAUACAAAACGGAGGUAGUUUGGUCGGCCCGUUCGGAGAAAGAAGAGGCCAGUCCCACACGCCCUCCGUCGUCUUCUGCUGGUAGACCAUGACGACGACCGACAGCGCGACCAAGAUCGCCGAGGCCCAAGGCCUCUUCGCCCGCGUCGUCAAGGCCGAGAUGGACAUGCUCCUCGAGACGGACAUCCCGCGGGAGGUCGCGGUCAAGAUCCUGCUCCAGCGCAUCGUCGAGGAGAUGGUCGAGCCCACGGAUGCCGAGGUCCGCAAGGUCAUGGGACAGUUCCGCAUCAACCGCGACGAUGCGAUCCGCGCGCUCAUCGUCAAGCAAGAGCUUGGCCGACUCAAGCAGCGCGGCCUCGACUCGCUCGCGGCGAUCGAGGAGCUCACGCUCAAAAUGCAGCGACUCCUGCCGCUGGCCCCGGUCGUCGCGCACGACGACAAUGACGUGAAAGAAGACAUUGAUCACGACAUGCUCGCGACGGCGCCCGUAGCGUCGCCAACCGACGCCGAAAACGAGACGGGCGCCCAUCCGUCGCUAGUGUUCCAUGCGGUCGACGCGUGCCCGUCGCCGGACAGUGCCCAGCACAAGCGCAAGAAGAGCCUGUCACCCCGCCCUGUCUCGUCCACUGCCCGCGUCGCUAGCCCCGAGCACGAGACGGAGGCAUGUGCAUCUCCGUCUUGGCGUGAAGCGUCUCUCUGCCAACAGAUUGGUAACGUGCGCAUCUCGUCGACCUCUCCGUCCAAGGAAUCCGAGUCGACUGCUGCAGCGAUUGUCGACAGCCCGCUCGUCAAGGUAUCGCGAAAGCGUCGCAUGCCCACAGACGCAGACGUUGACCACCGGUCGUCGAGCGGGAAAGGUCGUUUCGGCAAGAGCAAAAAGGCGCGGCUCGACGUUGACAGUAAGCUCAAGGCCCAGGUCGAGAGCAAGCUCAAGGCGCAAGCCGGCGAUGCGUUUGUCCUUGUCAAGACACCAACCAAGGCGCUAAAGCGGUCGCGGCCCAAAGAAGCCGCGACCACCGACGCACCGUACUGCGCCAAGAAGGCCCGAUCCGAAGCGUCCUAGUCGAAUAAGGCGUGUCCCUAUGUGUUUGCUAACUUUAUAUAUAUUAAGAUACCGUCGUGCUCGACUCUCGACGACAGCUA